AUGCGUUUUGGUUUUCACACGGCCGGGUUAAGGAAACAAAUUUCAACGAUUUGUGCAUUCGGAGAGCAGGGCUCUCAGGAAGCCGCAGGAAGCGUGCGCUUCCAGGAGGGUGUGCGACGCGCGGGGGUCCGCACGCGCGCAGAGCUAGUUAACGGAGGGCGUGCCGGAGGCGUGGCGCGGGGUGCCCGGGCCAGGCGCUCCGCGAGGCGGGCGGCCGUGGGCGGGCAGGCGGCGGGGCAGCGCGGCCCGGCCCGGGGAAGGCAGCGCGGCGCCGCGAGCGGCUCCCGGCUCCCGCUCUCCCGGCCGCCCAGCCCGAGCGCCGUGGGCGGGGCCUGCGGUGAUUGGCGGGCGGGCGGGGAGGUCGGAAGUACUUUGUUUUUUAUGCUAAUGAGGGAGUGGGGCUUGUCCGUAUUUACGUUGAGGCGGGAGCCGCCGCCCUUCAUUCACCCACAUGGUCCUUCGAGGUGCCGCCGCCGCCGCCUGACCUGCGCCUUCGCGCCACUUCGCGCCCUCGGGCGAGGCCGAGGGGGUGGGGACGACCCCCGCCGCGCCGCCGCUGCUCGCGCGCCUCGCGAAGCCCCUCCGCGGGGCGGGCCGGCCGGCCGGCCGCACCCCCGGCCUGGGGCCUCCGGUCGUAGUAAAACGGAGGCGGGUGGGGAGGCGGGAGCGAGAGCCCGCGGCGGGCGAGGCGAAGAUGGUGGCAGCUACUCCUCCCGUCAUACACGUGGACCUAACUGCACCAAAAGCUUUUCUAAGGAUCCUUGCUGGGAAGGAAGUUUUCCUGAGUGGGCAAACCUAUCUAAGCAGAGCAAGCCAGACUUGGGUUUUUCCUGUAGUUUGAAGAGCCCUACAGAAUGAUUCCUGACAAAAUGCAACCUGCAACUGCCUGGAGAUCAAUUCAGUGAGACAUUGAAGUUUAUUAUGUAUUUAAUGAAAUACCAUUUUCCGUAAUUGACAACCCGGUGUAAUUUGUCUGUUAGAGAACUAGGAAUGUCUGAGCUGAGCACUAAAGGUAAGAAGAGCUCAGUGUAAAGGCCACUUUUUGGUGUCUGACUGGAAAUGAGAUCAUCAUGCCUACUUGAGACUUCACACAUUGUUCUUUGCUUUAGAGGUUGUUUUACAGUUUACAUUGCGCUCAAAGUCUGAAUUAAUGUAGUUUUCUGUUUGGUAAGUUCAGAAUGUAAUAUUUUUAGUGAACUUUGAAGAAUAACCAGGAUGGAUAUGUCUCCCAUGAAUUUGAAGACCACAGAAAAAUUGUUAAAGAAGGUUUAGUUUUGUUUUUCCAAUAAUUUGAACACAGACAUAGCAUUCAGAGAUGCCUACUUUUUUCUUUUUGAAGAUUUUAUUUUUCCUUUUUCUCCCAAAGCCUCCCAGUACAAAGCUGUGUAUUUUUGGUUGUGGGUCCUUCUAGUUGUGGCAUGUGGGACGCCGCCUCAGCGUGGCUUGAUGAGCGGUGCCAUGUCUGCGCCCAGGAUCUGAACCAGUUUCCCCUGGGCCGCUGAAGCGGAGCGUACAAACUUAAGCACUCAGCCAUGGGGCUGGCUCCCAGGGAUACCUGCUUUUGUAUCUGCAAUUUAGUUAUGCUGUUUGAGUUGUUUUAGUGCAUUUAAUGUAAAUAAAUAUGCAUUUUAAAACUGCUUGUUAAGAAAUUGUCCAGAAUGAGCAUAUUGAAAUAAAAGUCUUAAAGUUA